AUGGAGAAAGAGAUCUCGUUGUUGCUGUUUGUCAUGGUGUUUGCGAAUCUAACGUUCACGCCCGACGCCGCCAUCUCCGUUAGGGUUCCGUUUUGUGCUAUGAGGUCUGCUAAAGAUUACACCUUAGGGUUUCGAGAUCAGAGUUGUCCCGUUUCUGGUGAUGAAUUAGCCGAGCGUCCUCAUUUUGUUGCCGUCACCGAGGGUGAUGAGCUUUGGUUGCAAAUUGCUUUGGAUAUGAUUCAUAAGGAAAAAUGUGACUAUGUUGCUUUACUCUUCUAUGCAUCAUGGUGUCCAUUCUCAAGAUCAUUUAGACCAAGCUUCGAUGUCAUUGCUUCUCUCUACUCUUCCAUUCCUCACUUUGCAAUUAAGGAAUCAUCCGUCAAGCCGAGCACCCUCUCAAAGUAUGGAGUUCAUGGGUUUCCUACUCUAUUAGUUUUGAAUUCAACCAUGCGGGCACGAUACCGAGGGACCAGAAUGCUUGAUUCUCUUGUUUCUUUCUACAGCGAUGUUACCGGCAUCGAAAAGCUGGAUAAAACUUCUCUCGAGAGAAGCGUUUCAGUUCCUCAUCUUGGGAACCAAUACAACACUGAGCCAGAGAACUGCCCCUUCACAUGGGCAAGAUCACCUGAGAAUAUGCUUCGCCAAGAGACCUAUCUUACUCUUGCCAUUGUAUUCGUCUUGCUGAGAUUGCUUCACUUGAUUUUCCCUACACUCGUUGUGUUUAUGAAAUUCACUUGGAGAGGGAUUGCUCAGAACAUGAGACUGGAAAGCCUGCUAGAACAGACCGUCGGGUUUCUGAGCCGAGCUGUACAAUUAUGCAUGCAUCUUAAAGAGCCUUGCAAGAGGAGCAAUCUGCAAGGAGGAGCCAUGAACGCCAGAGCAUGGGCCUCUUUGGCCACUGUCUCAAUCGGGGAUUCAAGCUCAUCAAACAGACGAAGUUCAGCUUCUCAAUGA